AUGGCGACCAUGCAGGACUGCGCACCCCCGCGGAAGGUCAAUGGCCAGGCCAUCGUCCUGAGGGAAGCGGAGACCGAAGGUUACGAGGUCCUGUUGCAGUUGAGGUCCAAGGCUAUGAAGGCGAUGCCGGGAUACCUUGGGGCGCUUGGCGGCUGCAGGGACUCGACGGACAAGGACAGCCGCGAGACUGCCAAGAGGGAGGUGCACGAAGAAUGUGGCUUGGAGCAGUCCAGCAUCGUCAUGGAGCCCGUCAAGUUUGCGGAGGGCGAGAAAUGCGACUGGUACGUCAUGCUGGUGCGGCACGAUGCCAAGUUCAAGCCGGCGAAGAGCCGCGCAGAGUGCGGGGACAUCAAGACCGUGCUUUCCCUCCUGCCCCCCUCUGCACAGAAGGCCGAUUGCUACGGACAUGCGUGGGUGCCUACCGAGCAUCUGCAGCAGAUCGAUGCGAAGCAGCCAUUGAUGGGCGGCUUGCUGAACCGCAUCCAAAUGGCAGCCUCCAAGCUCAGGCCGCCGCCUCAGCCAGAGGAGACUGUGGAGCCCCCUCUGGAGGACGCCCUAAACCCUAAGCCCUAA